ACCAGGAUUAAAGAACUUAUCACUGCCGUGCCUACCUGCACCAUUGAAUGAUGAUGCACAGUGCCUUGAAAAAAUUAGAACAGUUUUCUUAGGUUAGAGUGAGACUGUAGAGCAUAUCUAUCCCAAUGAGGAGGCACCGACACACAUCACCCACAUAAAUCCAUAAAAAUGUCACUAUUACGAAUUGUCAUCGGUUCUAGGCAUCUGUUAAAGAAUGGAGACACGAAGAGAGACAUACCAUGGAAGCACCUGCUGAAAUCAAAGGGACAACUCGUCAGCACGAUAAAACGUGAAUUUAAUGUCAACACGAGGAGGUAUGCUGUUAAAAAAUCCCCAGAGUCUAGCAGAUUAUCCAGCCUCGGUAAGUACACACUCGGAGGCUUCGCCGUCAUUUCUUCAGGGAUUUCAAGAUUAAAUUCGAGAAGAGGAAAGUGCGAAGCAUUGACUGAACACGCGAUAACGGAGAUACAUGACGAUGUGAAGAUUAAUUCUUUUAAAUGGUACAGAUUGUUGAAGUAUGUUCUUCCUCAUUUGUGUCAUCUGUUGGUUGCCAUAACAAGCGCAUUUGUCGUGGCUAUUUUGAACAUAUGGAUUCCUCAGUGUGUGGGACAUAUAGUAAAUGUAAUUACAAAAGUGAGACAAGAGGGUAAAAGCAGUUACGAUGACAGUGACUUCAUGACAAGUAUUUUCCAACAAUUGGCAGCUCCUGCAUUCAAACUGGCUCGCAUGUAUAUUAUUCAAGCAUUAUUCACCUUUACCUACAUCUAUACUCUCUCUUGCGUUGGGGAAAGAGUCGCUCAGAAACUGCGUUACGAUCUGUUCCAAUCAGUGAUGAUGCAGGACAUUGAAUUUUUCGAUAAAAAUCGAUCCGGGGAGAUCAUCAGUCGUCUAACGGGUGAUAUCCAAGACUUCAAGAGUUCUUUCAAGAUACUCGUGUCACAUGGACUGAGAAGUUUAACCCAGAUUGUGGGUUGUGUCAUAUCUGUGGUAAUCAUAUCACCUCAGUUGACCGGUGUUAUGGUAUUAUUUAUGCCAACAGUUAUAUUUAUUGGUAGUUUCAUUGGAAAGAAUUUGAGAAAAUUGUCUGGUGAGGCACAGGAGCAAAUUGGCAAAUCCACUGCUGUCUGUGAGGAAGCUAUACAAAAUAUUCGGACGGUGAGAGCGUUCGCAGCUGAAGAAAAGGAGCUCGAGGUUUUGAAAAAAGAAGUAGAACAAGCCACGACAUUAUACGAAAAAUUGGGCCUUGGUAUUGGCUUGUUUCAAGCCGGGGCAAAUUUAUUUCUCAACGGAAUUUUACUCUCUACUUUAUACUUCGGGGGGCACUUGAUGUCCAGUGGACAAUUGUCACCUGGAGAUCUCAUGGCAUUCCUCAUGGCGACGCAAACGAUUCAGAGAUCUAUGACACAGCUUUCUUUGUUAUUUGGAACUUAUGUGCGAGGAGUCAGUGCUGGGGCCAGAAUUAUGGAGUAUUUAGAAAUGCCACCAGCUCCCAUUAUGGUUGGCGGUAAAAAGGUAACGAACGAGACCUUCAAGGGAGAUAUCGUCUUUGAAAAUGUGAAAUUUAGUUAUCCCACAAGACCAGAGUUUGUAGUUUUGAAGGACUUCUAUCUGCAUAUUCCGGCGGGUAAAACUGUGGCUAUUGUGGGCACCAGUGGUAAUGGAAAGUCAACGGUUGCUGCAUUGUUAGAGAGGUUAUAUGACGUCACAGCAGGAUCAAUAAAAAUAGACAAUACAGACAUUAGGACUUUAAAUUCAAGUGAUCUCAGGGGCAAAGUGUUGGGAUAUAUCGACCAAGAACCAAUUUUAUUUUCUACUAGUAUUAUGGAAAAUAUUAGGUAUGGUAACAUGGAAGCAACUGAUAAAGAGGUAAUUAACGUUGCGAAAGAAGCGAAUGCCCACGACUUCAUCGAAUCAUUUCCGGAAGGAUAUGAUACUAAAGUUGGGGAACGAGGAGCUCAACUUUCUGGAGGACAGAAGCAGCGCAUCGCCAUUGCCAGAGCUCUGCUAAAGAAACCGUCAAUUUUGAUAUUAGAUGAAGCAACAAGUGCUUUGGACUACGAAAGUGAGAGAAUCGUCCAGAAGGCCCUCGACAAUGCCACUCAGGGAAGAACAGUCCUAGUCAUUGCUCACAGGCUGAGCACAGUCAGAAAUGCUGAUUUGAUAGUAGUAUUACAACGAGGAACAAUUGUAGAAAUGGGAACACAUGAAGAAUUAAUUCAAAAACACGGGGCCUACUUCGAUUUAAUAAAACGUGAAGAGAAUGAGUCUGAGAGUUAAAGUUGUUUUCUUAGUAUGGUAAUGGGAACACGAAGAAAUAAAAAUUUCAGGCGAUGUUCAA